UGGAUUCUGAUCUUCAUUGAAUUCCAAAUAUAAUUAUAUGAAAUGGCGUUGCAUUUUUUCUUAAGGAAUGGCGCGAAUAUCGACGACCCGCCUUUUAUUGUGCAACAGGUUGCUCUUCGUAAGAGAUGUUCUAGCGAACUUUUUCCUGUGUCAUCUUUGAAUGGCGACCCUGUUGUAGAGAGAGAAUGGAAAAAAAACAAUCAUCAAGUAUUAGAGGAGGAAAAUGAAGAGUGGUUGAAAAAACCAAAGGUUGUACAGAGUGCUUGUGCAAACCUGACCAAUGAGAGCAUUCUUAAAGUAAUCCAGCAGAUUUCUAGGGGAGACAACCACCUUUUCGUUCGAAAUCAAGUUUUAGAAAGUCUUCAGUUGACUGCCCAUUUGGUCAAUUUGCUGCAGCUUUGUCAGGGGUCAACAACUUUUCUUUGUCAGCUGAUUGACGUGAAUAUCUUCUCCAAAAACAUAAUUGAACUGCUUUCCAAUUAUGAAGGUUCUCAAUUGGCAUGUUUGAACAUUCAAAGUCGUUACUUUUCAGUUACCUCUGACAAAACGAAGCUACUGAAUGCGUUUUGUUUUUCUUACGUGGAUAAGGCUAAACCGUGCAACAUUAUUGCAUAUGUUUUACAGACACUAUUUUGUGAUGAUCCAGAAGCAAGUAUUUGUGUUGUCGAAGGAAGUGGAGUAGCGUGCGUGUUGUUGGCUGACUUUUGUCACAUGUACGGCUUAACUGAGUUUGUGGGAGGAAGGAAUUGGCCUGCACUGUUAAUUGUAUCUGGAUUUCCUAGUGGAAGGAAUCUUCUAGUUCCAGUUUUUUGAUAACUUUUUGUCUAUCUUAUGAGGAUAGCAUAUUGUCCUUAUCCAUGUAUAAUAAUAAAAUGAAUUGUUCUUCUACUUA